AUGUUAUAUUUACCAGUCAGGAAGCAUUAUGAGUGGCAGCUGCGUUCUGGGACUCAGUGGCUGCGGGUUGACAAUGAUCAUGUGAUUGAGAGUCAUUACUGCCAACCUGGAGCAAAAGGCAUCACCAUAAACACCAGCCAAGGGCAGGUGUUUAUAGACUUUGAUAAGCUGCAGAUUAAUAAUCCAGCUCUCAGAGUGCAGAGACUGAGCCUCCUCCCUCAGGGCCUGACGGAGGACGUGGGCUGGUACUACAGAGACGACUGCUUGUGGCAUGAAUAUGGAGCUCAGAGCUCCAGCAGGUCAGCGUCGUCCGUCAGCAGCAGAGACGUUGAGGGUCACUUCGCUCUGAACCCUCGGGGAAGCCUUCACUUCACAGUGGGCUCUGCAGGAUACUCACUGGAUUUUUCCUCCAUGACCCAAACGAAUCUCGCCACAGGCUUGUGCAGAAACGUACGCAGGCGUCCAAAGUUCACGUCCGACUCCGCAGGACUUUACUCGUCCUCCCCGGCCCAGCUGUCUGACCAGAGCUUUAAGUGGGAGUUCAUGGGAGACGAGGGACAAUGGACAGAGUACCAGGCACGUACAUGUUCAUUCGACAGCGCUGCCAUUGAGAGAGAUUACCAGCAGAACCAACAGGGCCAGCUGCACUUCAGGAUCAACAGAUUCUCAUACACGCUGGAUUUGUCAAGCCCUAGAUGGCAGUUCCUAGAUGUGGACGGGACGUGGAACGAUUACACCAAAGGGCGCCGUCUGUGCAGCGUUUCCAGUUCUGACAUUGAGCUCGAGUACCAGCAGAACUCGUCGGGCUCCGUGACGUUCACCACCAAACGGUUCAGCUAUGAGCUCGACUUCCCAUCUUGGACUCAGAGGAACCUGUCCACCAACACCUCCAGACCCGUGAGACGACUCGUCCAGUGA